UCUAUGUUUAUCUUAAGAAUCGUUAAAACUAAAACCAAAAUAAACAAACAAAUCGGAAGCUUUUACGAGAAAGAAAGCGGGUUGGUUUUAGGCCCAAAACCCGAUUCCAACGCGUCCGAGUUUAAUCACGCUUCUCUAACUCGCCAUCUUCUCCUUCUUCAAAUCUUAUUUUAUUCAAAAUAAAUAAAUAAAACAAAAAUUCUACUCCCGUGUCCCCAAUACGGGAUCGAUCCAUACAUCCGGAUCCGGUGUCGUUUUUGUCUGAUUAAAAUCCGAACCUGAAUCAUUUUUGGGAUAUACAUUAUCAGAGCAGCUGAUACUUUAUAAUUAAUUAAAUAAAUUACGAAAAGGAAAGCAAUGAGUUUUGUGUUUCGAGGGACAAGAGCUGAUUUAGAAAAUGGCUUUCAAGGAUUUAUCCCUGAGCGUCGAGCUGUGCGUGUCCAUGCAACACGGCCUGUUAAUUCCAACUCUCUUGUUUUUCUUGUCACAGUUCUUUUGUUAUUUAUGAUACUAAACUCACAGCAAAUGUCACCUAAUUUCCUGCUUUGGUUAGUUCUUGGUGUUUUUCUAAUGGCUACAUCACUGAGAAUGUAUGCGACGUGUCAACAACUUCAAGCUCAGGCUCAAGCUCAUGCUACUAUGGCUAGUGGUCUUCUUGGUCAUACUGAGUUACGUUUGCAUAUGCCACCGUCCAUUGCACUUGCAACUAGAGGUCGUUUGCAAGGGCUUAGACUUCAACUUGCACUUCUUGACCGGGAAUUUGAUGACCUAGAUUAUGAGACUUUGAGAGCACUGGAUUCUGAUAAUGUUCCCACCACUGCAUCGAUGAGUGACGAAGAGAUAAACGCCCUCCCAGUUCACAAGUAUAAGCUUACUGCUCUUCAAACUGGUGGCUCUUCAAUUCAACAAGCCUCAUCUUCUGUCUCAGCUGAGCCAAAGAAGCAAGAUACAGCCAAUGCAGUGGGAAGCAUGAAGGCUUCAGAAGAUGAGCUCACUUGCAGUGUGUGCUUGGAGCAAGUUAAUGUGGGAGAACUAAUCCGUACCUUGCCAUGCUUGCAUCAGUUCCAUGCUAAUUGCAUUGAUCCAUGGCUGAGGCAACAAGGAACAUGCCCUGUUUGCAAAUUCAGGGCAGCAUACGGGUGGCAUGAAAAUGGACAAGGUGGACUGGAUGCUUCUUACAUGGUUUAACUACAGGCAGUAACCUAUAUAUUAGCAAAUCAUUUUGAUAAAAUCCCUCUUUCUUUUUCUUUCCUUUUCUUUUUCUGGAAACAAAAAAGCCUAUCAAUGAAGGUGGAAGGUCUAAUUUGCAACUUCCAACAUUUUUAUAGGCUUUAAACAAAUUGCAGGUUUCUGUAUGAUCAAAAUAUCAUUUAUACUCUUAUUUUCAGGAAAGGAGGAAAGCAAAAAAAGAAAAAGAAAAACGUAUAACAUCAAUACAAAUUGUGUAACUGCGCUUUGCAAGUUUGCAAUGAAAAUUAUAUUUAUCACCA